AUGUCAGCAAAAAGGAAGAAGGGCAAGAGGAGGAAGAUGCAAGACUGGCAAGAGGAAGAACAGGAAAUGCAAGAGGAAGUAGAUGGAGUAGAACUACUAGAAGAAGAGGACCAGUAUGAGGAGGGGGAGGGCGGAAAUACCCACAUGGAAAAACAGCCUGGGAAGAAACGCCACACGCAGACAAAACACCCAGGUGAGAAACGCUUCAUGUGUGAGGUGUGCAGCUGGCAGUUCAGCCGGCUGGGCGACCUCAAGAGCCACCUGCGGACCCACACGGGGGAGAGACCCUACAAGUGCGAGCAGUGCGGCCGGGCGUUCAGCCAGCACAGCGCGUGGAGGACCCACAUGCGGACCCACUCCGGUGAGAAACCCUUCAUGUGUGAUGAGUGCGGUCGACAGUUCAGCGGCCAGGGCCAGCUCAAGAGCCAUCUGCGAACUCACACUGGGGAGCAACCCUACACCUGCGACGAGUGUGGCAAAAACUUCAGCGAUCAGAGCAACCUUAGGAGACACAAACGGACACACACCGGGGAGAAACCUCACAAGUGUGAGAUUUGCCACAAGGGGUUUGUUGAGAAACAUGCUCUGAAAAUCCACCGAUACACCCACAGCAGUGAAAAGCCCUACAGUUGCGAUCUGUGCGACAAAUAG